AUGCGACAAAGAGGGCUCUCAGGGUUUCUCCGCGUCUGCGAGAUUCUUCGUUUAACGGACGAAGGGACCAGUACGACGCCGAGUUCCACGCUCGAACCCACCGGAUCGACCCGAACAUCUUCCGGGUCAGGCGGUAACGGAGGUGGAGGAGGAGACGUGUUCUGGUGUCAGGCGCUCGCUUGCACAGCCACUUCUGAAAUCGUACGGAAGAAGAGAAGCAGCUUAACGUCUUGCCGGAGAGUCACGACGGCGGUUUCUCCGACUAUCAUGGAAACGCCGGCCAGCUUUCUAAACCGACGGAAGAAGACUCCGCAACGUGCACCGCUCUAUUAG